AUGGAGUCGGCAGACAACCCAUUUGCCUCACUUGUGAAAAAUACACCAGUUGGUCUGGGUCCAGCAAUUUUCGGAGCCUGUGAAACUGAAGUUACUAAAAUCUUGGAAAACAUACUUCUUGUUACUCAUGACAAAGCUCUUGUUCUUGGUGAAUCCGGUAGACCCAGUUAUCUACUCUAUAUUAAACCUUUUCUGGGUGGUAGUGUACAAAUUUCUAGUAGCAGUCUAGAUGAACUUAUAUUCGACCGCACACAAAUGAGAGAGUUCAAUGACUAUGAUGUAGUGAGUCUUAAUACGGGGUCGGUGACAGAUAUCAAUGAUGUUUUGGCUUCCAGUCCAAUUAGUUAUUUAGUUUCUUCUUAUCACCGUGCAUGUACAAUUAAACAAACAAAUGCCCUUUCACAGGUCGUUGAAGAUUGUCGCAAAAGUAUUGUAAGGCAAAUCGUACUUCUGUUGCUUGUUGAUGCUGAGUCUGACAAUCCUGAAAGCAGCACGAACUUAUUUAAUAUCAUUUAUCAAGCUCUCUGUACAGAUGAUUGCGAUCAAAUUGUACAUAUUCAAACAAUGUUUGACGAAGUUCUUAAUCAUCUGGAAUCAGAAUCCUUAUCGGACGUAAGUGUGUCAGAAUCCUGUCCACAGUCUGCAUUAAACAGUUUACGACCGUUGGUCAACUGCCUUCUGAUUCAACUGAAAAAUAUUUGUUACUCCGCAGUACAGUCACCGACAACACCAAGUAGCCUCCUAAAUCGGCAGUUAGUUGGUGCUAGAGAACGUGCCUUAUUCUGUCCUCAGCGCCGUCCUCUCUUGAUCAUGACAAUUGGGUUAUCAAAACAUUCAGUCACUGCUCAGCUGCUUAUUGAGUUGUCGUUUCCUCAAAAUUUCCUCACUGGUUCGUUUAGGCCUGAUGAAUUCGAAGGUGGUAUUUUGGGUCGACUUCUAGUUCCUAGUCAUUUGCAUUCACCUCAACCAGCAGAAACAAUAUUUUUAGCUAGCCAAGCCCCAAUAGGUGAAUUUUUCACAGAAGAAGUACCUUUAAAAACAGUUGUCGAGUCUGAACAACGUACAAUAUGGCAGUUAACUGAACAAAUGGAUAUAGAAUUGAACACACUAUUCACUAAUCUACUCAGGGUUGGUAAACGACGUCCAUUUAUUAAAAAGUUAUUAUUUCAAUGGUUUGGUGGAUGUAUUCAUGCUAAUAAAGCUCGUGGUCAAUUGGCACAUUCAAUGAUGAAUCAUGAUUUAUUAAGUCAAUCGAAUACACCAAAUCUAGCUGGUGAUGGAUUUCUUAGCAAUCUAACAGCUGUUUUAGUUCGUUUAAGUGGACCAUUAAUAACAUCACCAGAUAAGCCACCGUUGGAUAAAAUUUGGCCAGAAUAUGCUCAAGACUCAUCUCCAAAUCGAACAGCGCUACCAGAAUUACGCAAAGAAACACGUCUUGCACCUGCAACACUGCAUCAUCUACGUAUCAAUCGAAAUAAUAAUUCUGAAAAAGCUGGAAAUAGUUCAUUCACAGUAGUGAACAAUGAAGACUAUCCUUUAUUAACUGAAUUAUUUUUCCUUGCACAUGCGGCUAUACGUAUUGGAUGGACACCGUUAAUUGCUAGACAUUUUGAAACUGGCCAACAAUUGCAUCGAUUGGAAGAUCAAUUACAACCUCAUGAAUCAGACAAUGCAAAUAGUUCAAAUGAUUCUCAAGUAUUUUUUUUACGUCGUUUUAUGCGUGAACGCACUGCACGGUAUCUGGAACAAUCUACCAGUUUGUCGUGUAUAACUCGAUUAAAAGAUCAAUUGUCAUUUGCUGUGACCACUUGCCGAUUUCUUGUCAAAUUGGCUAAAUGUAUAGUAAAUAAUAAUGAUAUUAGUAAUAAUAAUACUACUACUAUUACUACCACUGCUACCUCUGAAUCACCAACAUCAUUUUCUCAUGGAUGUCUUUCUGAUUUGCCAGAAUAUUUAGUUGAUAACGUUGUGGAACUUGUUAGUUAUUUAAGACGUGGUAAAGACGAAUUUCUUGAGUCCGUUGAAGUGUCAUCCAUUCCAUUGGAACCAUUAUUAGAAUUCAGUAUAUUAUUUAUGAAUCAUACAGGUUUAUUAACUAAUCCACAUUUAAGAGCUCGUCUUGCUGAAGUACUUGAAUCAUUAGUACCACAACGUGAUGAUGAAGCAUGGAAUACCAAUAGUAAUGGUUCUGGUUUAUUGAAUUCAUUGAAUUUAUCUUUCCAUCGACGUGAACAAUUGAUGAAUCGAGAUCCAGAAAUCACAGAUGAUCCUGUAUUGAGUAAUGCUGUGCGAGCAUUGCUUACAGCAUUUGUCUCUAUAGAAUUAUCUCCUGGUACCGGUGCUGUUGGCAGUGCCGGUAGUGCAGCGGAUACAGCUAUAGCUGCUUCCUCCUCCACCUCCACCUCCUCCUCCUCAUCAUCAGCAACUACAUUACAAAAUGAUAGGAAUAGUCAAACAGAUGCUGGUACUAGUAGUAGUAGUAGUAGUGGUGGUGCUGCUACCAGCAGCUCUGCAACAGACACUCAAACUGCUUCUGUUGGCUUUGAAGAGAAAUUUCAUUAUCGACGUCCAAUGUAUGCUUGUUUAAGAUAUUGGUAUGGUAAACCAUUAUACAAUGUACAGUUUCAGCGUUUAGAAAAUGAAGCCUUAGCGCAUAUCGAUGAUGCAAAUCCUCCAUUAUUUCUACAAUUUUUAUCACUUUUGGUAAAUGAUGCAAUCUUUCUAUUAGAUGAAGCGCUUAGUUUAUUGGCUCAACUUAAACAAACUGAACGUGAAAGAGAAAAAUGUGGUGGAAGAUUAUCCUCUUCUUCCGAUGAAGCAUUAUUUGCACAUACAGGUCGUUUAGCACGACAUCAUAUUAUUCUUGGCUUAGAUACCAUUGCUGCACUACGUCGUGUAAUCACUUUAUGUCCAAAAUUAAUUACUCAUCCAAUAUUAGUUGAUCGUGUUGCUUGUAUGCUAAAUUAUUUCUUGACAAGACUUGUAGGACCUAAACAACGUGAUUUAACUGUACGUGAUAAAGCUGCUUAUGGUUUUAAACCAGAUUUAAUGGUGCUAGAAAUCUCUGCUAUAUAUCAAAUAUUGGCUCGUGGAUCUGAUUCUGAAGUUGUGACAGAUGUAGAGACAACUGAAAAAUCUUCCUCGCCUUCGUCACCAUCACCAUCGGAAGCAUUUCGUCGGGCGGUUGUCAGUGAUGAAAGAUCAUUUACACCAGAUUUGCUAGAUCAAGCUUGUCGUGUAUUAGAUCGAAUUGCUGCACCGAUAGAUUUAUGCAAUAAAUUCUCUGAAGCUGUUCGCCUGAUUAAAGCUGAAAAUGUAAUCAAAGCUGAAGAAGAACUAGAUUUUGAUGAUGCACCAGAUGAAUUUAUCGAUCCAAUUAUGGGUUGUUUAAUGGAGGAUCCGGUGAGAUUGCCUACAUCUGGUCAUAUAGUUGAUCGUAAAACUAUCUAUCGUCAUUUGUUAAAUGAUUCAACUGAUCCAUUUAAUAGACAACCAUUAACAAUGCCUCAGGUUGAACCACAAGACCAAUUACGUUCAACUAUUCGAGCAUGGAUUGAUGAACGUCGUCGUGCACAUAAAAUUACCAAAGACCAAUAA